AUGGAUAACAAGGUCGACGAUGACAAGAUUGGGCCUGGAGUGGAACUCUGCGAUCCCGUCCGCCUGAAGCUGCUAAAAGAGCUGCAGGACAUUGUGGGCCGAGUUCCUCAGAAGGCUCAGGCUUCUUUCCUCCUCUGCGAUCUUCAGUACCUGCAAGACUUGCGCAAAUCGUCUAUCAAUCCUGUUGUGUUGGAAGCUGUGCAGCGAUCGCUUUCCGACUCGAAAGUAGAUGAAAUCGUGGCACAAUGGUGUGAAUUAUCCCGUCCACAUUCCACCGCCUCUCCUGCCCGAUCCCUCUCGCUAUCACACGGUCAUCCGAAACCAUCGCCACUUAAACAUCUAGCUGUCGCAAACACCAAAGCACAGGCUCCAGAAGAGCAAGAGGAGACUGAGAUUCCGUCUCAACCUUCUAAGCGAAAACGGAACGGCUCUCGGAGUCGAACCUCCUGUUCAAGCGGGAAGAGCAGAUCUCAAUAUGUCAGUGACGAGUGUAAGAACCGAGACGCUCACAGAUGCGUCGUCACCAAACUCGCAGGACCGAUAGACGCUGCACAUAUCGUUCCUUUCUCUCUGAAUAGAGAGGACCGGCGAGCGAGGUUUUUCAGCUUGCUCAAAACUUUAUGGUCCCAACGCAUCGAAAAAUGGAAAAGUCUCCUUGAGAACGGCACUGAGUUUGUUGAAAAUAUGAUCUCUUUUACUCCCACCAUCCAUCGGUACCACUCAGCGGGGCUGUUUGGUCUUCAGCCCAUCGAAGCCUCUUUGGACGGUAAAUCACUGAAACUCAAGUUUUACUGGCUUCCGCAACGUGAAACCCCCAGCGAUACUAUGACCGAUAUCACAGAUAUCCCAACCCUUCCCGAUGAUGUCGAGUUGGAAGAUAUCAAAAUCUGCAAUGGCAAGGAUGGGCACCUCAUCAAGUCAGGCGAAGUCAUAGAGCUGACAACAUUGGACCCUGAAAAACGACCGCUGCCAAAUUGGGAUCUACUGGAAAUGCAAUGGGUACUGCAACGUAUGACGGCCCUGAGGGGAGCCGCAGACUUACCUGACACAGUCCUCGAUGAGUCUGACGAUCUCGCGAGCUUCGGGUACUCUGAGAUGGAGGCAGACAAGAUUUUCGAUGAAGGACUGGGUGGGUGGUGCAAGCAGGGCGUUGAUGAGGAGGCCAUUGAGGAGGACUGCUGGUCUGGCAGGGUCAACAACUGGAUUGACACGCAGCAGAUCCAGCCACAGAUUAUUUGA